UACAGCUCAGUCGCCUGGAUAGCAGUGAACUGACUUUCUGGGUUGUUACUCAAAACUAUUCAUAAGCUAUGAAGUACCUCAACAUGAACUCAGUAUAUAGUAGCAACAGCCAGUUUUCAGUGACUUCUUUUAACUUAGAAGUGAACAUGAUGUGAAGUAAACUUUUGCUAAGCCACCUCAUUCCCAUAGUGCUCGUGUAAUUCUGUAAGUCUCAGACGUUAAAUCUGAAGCUUAGCCCGUUCAGUUACGUUACUCAUGUGUGCUUUAAACGAUAAAACUUUUCAAUAUCUACCCCGUUGGUAGUUGCUGUAUUCUGUAACUACAGGUAUAUCAAUUACUAUGUAAUACUCUGUUUCCAGUAAUGCAAACGCUUGUAAUUACUUGAAUAAGUUUUAUUUGAACUAUGGAUGCUUUUUUUACACUUAAGGAAUAUUUAAUGGUAAACUGAUCCCAUUUUCUGCUAAAUCUAAGCUUAAAUCUUGGCCCGUGUACAAAAUCCAAAGCUGUCUUAUCCCUACCAACUUGGUUAUUUUUCUACAUUUGGAAUGUAACUUCUUGUUACAUACUUCUGCAUUAUUGAAUAUUUUCUAUCCUUUUAUAGUCUGUUUCCUUUCCAUCUCAGCACUACUCUUGGGUCUGAUUUUUAACAAAUGUAAUCUGCGUUAUAUACUGUCAUAAACUAUAGCGUGGACAGACAUGAAAUAACAGUAAAUUGUCUUAAUUUUUCUUUGAAGCACUACAGUACUUUCUUUUCGAGUCUGUUUAAAUAGUUGUGCCAUGAAAUGCAUCUUACACAGCCACUCUGGAUAAGCAAUAUAUUGUACUGUAAAUAUAGCAAUUGCUGUCAUAACUUGGAGUUAAAAUGUCUGGAUGGUAACUAGUGCCUGUCUAAUAUAAAUUGGAAAAGAGCAUAGGCCUUCAUCCUAAGGUGCUGUUUCAAAAGAAAUAUUUCCUAUUUUGAUUCCGGGAAAUAUCAUGGACAAAAUGUUGCUAUGCUACAUUGAGAUCCAAAUGGUGAUUUUUAGUUUCUCUGUAAAGGAUAUCCAUAAAAUUCACUGGUUUUGGUUUUCAGUGUAAUUGUAAAUAUGUGAAACUAUGUGUCUUUGUGUCUGAAACUAAAUUCAAUGUGGUGAUAGUAGAGGCUGAGAGGGAGAGGGUAUGCAACAAGAUGUCACUAGUUUUCCCUCACUGAAACCCACUGCAAAUUAGUGAAUUGUAUGAAUUGCAGCCUGGCUGAGGUGUUCAAAAUGAAUGAAAGUUAAUGGGAUCAGCAUCAGCCUCACAAGUGAAUGACUGAAUAAAUGCAAUAAAAGGCUAAUAGACAACACUAUUACUCUGUUCAUCACUUUGAUUACAGAUUUUUUUUUUUUGUUACAAAUUUGAGUACAUGCAUUAUGUAAUUUGUAAAAUGAUGCUGUAGUAGAGACCUUGCUACAACACUAUUAAAAAUCUUCCCUUUUUGUGAGAUAGGAGGUUUGUAGAAUAGUGAGAUUCUUUCAUAUGUCGAAUCUUAAUCUGUUCCUAAUGGUGGGAGUGCUGAAGUAAUGUAUCUCACUGUGAUCUGGUACUUCGGUAUUUGCAUACAAUGGCAGUUCUGUAUAUUCUUUUGGCUAACUGUAAAUAUAAAUGUUUGAUAUUAGCAUAGUGGAAUUUUUGAGGUACAGCCGUUUGUGUGAGAUUAGAAAAAACAACUUUAUUUCUAAGAACUUGUAAAAAAAAAAAGUAUUUUCAAUAAAAUUCCCUACCUCACCUCUAUUGUGCAGAAAUUAUCCCAUUUUCCUGUUUGAUUUUUCUAACUUCAUUUCUAAACACAAAGAAGAUCCCUUUUUAGUUAUUGGCAAAACACUGCUGUGUUUCAUCAAAUCAAUGAAAUAGUGGAAUGCUUGAACGUCUGAAGUCUAAUUUGUUUCCUUUGCUUCCUUUACAUUAGGCUGAUCAAAUAUUUGAUACUGAUCAUAUUCUAGAAAUUUUAUGCCAUCUUAAGCUGUUCCCUCACUCUACCCCAAGGGCGAGAGCCUGUACCCUGUAAUUUUAUUGUAUAGUGGCUGGCCAUGCUUGAUUAUUUUUUAUUAUUAUUAUUAUUAUUUUGUUUUUCUUUUAGCAGUGGGGAGUGGGGGGGAAGGGGUGAGGGGGGGGUAGUUGACAAGAACUUACCAAGGAUCUUUGUCAGACCUUAGGGGGAAAGGUUCCCAAGCCUUGUUUUGCAGUGGAGGGGACUGAGCAAACACUUUGUUUGCUUUCUUUAAUUGGGAUGUAAAUGCACAUUCCCACAAUCAGUUCUAAAAAUAAAUGUCUUAAAAGACUUGGAAGUUUUGCCAGGGUGAACUAGCUAAUUAAUUCCUCCUUUCUCUGAAAUGCUUAACUCCUUACGCCUUUAAAAAAAAACAAACAACAUAAUGCCAGGAGUGUUCUCUCACGUUGCUACUGGGAAUGACCGUUUCUCUGGCUUCUCCUGAGGUAGAUAUAGCAAACCCAAAUCAAAAUUUUCAGUACUUGGGUUUGAUUCCUCUAUAUUCCUGCACUUAUUAUGACACCAGUUUUCUUGCCAUAGUUCAGACACCACCUGUAUAACUCACUUUCUGAAGUACUCCCAUGGUGUGGGUCCCUGUGGGAAGUGGAAAGCAGGGCAGAAAAGGGACUCUGCUGUGCGUACUGGAAGCCCUUCCUCAGGAGAACUCUUGUUCUUUUUUACUUACGUGCGAGAACCAGGUUUUUGAUAAGGGGGUUGUAGAAAAUGGCAUCAGUUCCUACUGAACUUUGUAAAAAAGCACUAGUUUUGAACCCAAAUAAAAGACUCUGGGUUUUCUGGGCUCAGUGUCUGCUUCCUUGAGAAGAAAGGUUGAUGCACGUAUUUUGAGAUGCAAAUUUUUACAUCAUAUUGCUGUUUGUAAUUUCCAAGACCAGUGUAAAAUGGCUGGGUUGGCAUGUCUACGAACCCUCCCUUUUCCUGAGAUUUGAGCAAUAGCUCAGAGCUUUAAAUAUUACUGCAUGUAAAAGAAAUACUAGGUAUCCCCUACAAUGAUAAAAGGACAGUGUAUUUUCAGGUUCUCUAAAUUUAAGCUCCAAAUCUUGAGGAAACUUGACAUCACAGCAAAGCAGUCAUACCUACUACUUGGCAGCCUGAAUACUUUGUAAUGGGUUCUUCACUGUUUUUAGAAAUGAAGACUGUACUCUCUUUAAAACAGUAAGGCUUGCCCUGCUCAAACACUGUAAUUAUUAAGGAAGUGUGACCCUUCUCACAGAGUCACUUCUCAUUGAAAAUAAAGGUUUUUUUUAAAGAAGGUGCUUAAGGUUUCUCACCCUUUCCCCAUAUUACAUUAGAUACCUUACUACAGGUAUCUUAAUUAUCUGGAUUUUGAUGUGAAAAUCUGUGAUCUCAUCAAGUAAGAAAUAUGCAAAGUUAGACUUGUUUAUAGAAUGUUCUACUGGACUGGACUCAGCUGAGUGACCCAAGGCACUCUAAACCAACGUAGUUUUGGUUUCGCUGAGCACAGGGCUGGGAUGCAAUCACAUCUCCCCUCUUCUCCAGCAUGAUUAAGCUGAAAUACCUUUGCUGCAAAUGCUGGCCUUGAACAACCACCUCAUUCUCUAAGUCCAGUUACACAAAAGCAAAAUUAAAAACUCAGGUUAAAGUUUUACAAAUCUUUAAGCUGGAGACUAAUUUUAGUGUAAUGAGCUAGAUUAAACAUUACAUUUAAAUUGCAAAUAACUAAUAACCUUAAUAUUGGAGAACUCAGACUUUAACAAAAGAUGUUAGUUUUGCUUAUGACACGUGCAUAAGAGGGAGGUUUUGUAAUUCUGACUUUUUUAAUUAACUGUAUAUCCUAGAGCGUGCCCAUUCUUUCCCUGCUUAUGACUGUCAUCUCCGUUUCAUUUCAUGCUAAAUAAAAACUCAUAUUUACUUUGCAGCUUUGUUGAAGACACUACCUUAAUCUGAGAAGAAUUAAUAUACAUCAUGGAAUUAUGUACAUCCCACUUCAGUUCAUAUGCCAGGGCUCCUACCUUUAUUCUGCAAGGUACUUUAACGCGAAGAUACUGCAACAUGACGUUGCCAUGGAUUUUUGUUAUGAGGACCAAACGGUAUUCCUCAAAAUGGGACUGUUAACUGUUUGAACUUUGAAGAUUACUGUGAUGUUAGGAUUUCUCUUAUACUGGCAUAAUGUUCUGUCAUUGUUAUGUGACAUUAUACCUACAGAAACUAUUAAUAAAGAAUUUUGCUAUAA